AUGAUUUCACUUAGUAAUGCCAAAGCAACCACAUUUUGUUCGGAUGUUCGAGCAAUGCUUUUAUUUAAUCGAGCUCAUUUUACUCGUAUCUAUCCUGAUUUUUCAAGAAGAUCAUGGAGUUCAUAUAAUUUUGAACCUAUUCCAUAUUGGUUUACUGGUUGCCAAUUAGUAGCACUCAAUUUUCAAACGCCUGAUCGUCCAAUGCAUAUUAAUGCUGGUCGAUUCGCAGCUAAUGGGGGUUGUGGUUAUGUUCUUAUGCCAAAUUAUAUGCGUUCAUUUUAUGCAAAUACAUCAAAAAUAGAUACAAAAGCAGUUGUAUUAAAAAUUCGUGUUCUAGCUGUUCGAAAUUUACGUGCAAAUCAAUCAAAAAGUAUUUCGAAAGUACAAGUUAAAGCAACAAUUGUUAACAGACAAAAACUUCCUGGAAAUCAAACUUGUUCAACAAUAAUUAAUGGUCCGUGUGGUAUUUGGGAUUCAAAACAAUCAUCAAAAAAUUCUGAUCAACUUCAUACAUAUCAUCGUCUUCAGUCAGAUGAUGGUGAUGUUGAUCUCUUAUAUUUUGAAGUAUUGACUGAUAAUGAAGAAUUUUGUGGACAAUCAACUAUUCCAUUAUCAUCAUUGAGAUCAGGCAUUCGAUCUGUACAAUUAUAUGAUAAAUUUAAUGAAUAUUUAGAUAUGAGUGCUCUUCUUGUUGAUCUUAUUUUUAAAGCUGGUAUUUUAUUUUUCAAUAUAUUUUAA